UCCCAGGUGUGUUGUUUUGCUUCAACAAAGAUAAAAGCAGAACUACAGUAACUGCUGAUGAAGUGCGAUUGUAGUAUCUGUUCGUGAUCUUUUUGACAGACCGGACGUUCUCAGUCACUAUCUUGAAGUAAUUUUCAGAGUAAACACUUUGUAGGAUAACCUUGCUUCAGAUCCCCUCCUAACUAGCGCUACUUUAGGGCCAGGGACCUGGAAGGACAUGGCUCCACGGGGAAUCCUGCUACACAAAAAAGAAAUGGAUGCGACUCUUUUUUGGUCCACAUCAUCUGUCAGUCAGUAGCAACCUUAGGAGUCAGCUUCCAAAUGAAGAAUAUUAUGGAAUUUAUUUCAUGGGCAAAUGUGUGUAUUGAAGGGAAGGAACGGAGGGUGGGGACCAUUCAAAAUUGGAGUGACCCAAUUUCAAAAUGCACAAAACAGAAAUUCCAAGUUUCUCUUUCUUUUUUUUUCUGCUCAGAAAAGCUGGGUUCUGGUCUGGUUUUGUCCCUGGCCCUUUUGGGGUAUGUCUCUUUGCUUCUUGGCCUCAGUUUACCCAUCUGUAAAAAGGGUGGUGGUACUGAUGCAAACAUGUUUGCAAUCAGCUGUUGGAAAGCACUGCAUAAAAGCCAGGGGGUGGCAUCCUGGAUGUGCCUGAACAGAUGCUGGAGGAAAACUUGCAAGCGGAUGCCACCUAAGACACGUGCACUUCCAAAUACUGCGCAGAACUGAAGCAAAAGGCAGCGCCCGGUUAGUACUCUUCCCCGGCCUUUCCACCAGCAUGUUUGGUCUCUCCUGUGCUGGUAGCACAGCUUUAAGCAAUUCUGUAACAGCAGGCUCUGAAACCAGAUGUUCCCAGACCUAAAGGCUUCACGCUGCAUAGCAGGGCUGUAACAGAAGGGAAUGAGUAAUAUGCACCGUUUGACUUUCUUUAACACUGGGGAUUUCACAGUGGUCUCUCAUCCAAGAGCCAAUCAAGCCCAGGACUGCUUAGCUUCCAAAAUCAAAUAUGUUCAGUCGGGCAUAGCAGCACAACCCCCAGUUCAAAUAUGACCUGGCGUCCAGCUCUCUCUUUUGUGGGCCCAGUGGCUGAUGCUCCUCUAAGGCUCCGUGCAUGUUCCUGUUUAUCCCAGUAGCUCCUGAAAUGCAAAGGAAGCUGGAAGGAGUAAGCUGGAGAUAAGUGUCGCUGCAAAACAGCCUGGUGGUUGUAUCGGCAGGAAACGUGAGGAAUGGCUCUCCAGUCCAGAUAGGCAGCCAGCUUGUCCGGAGGAGCUAAACUGGGCUUGGAGGGCUGUGCUGUGCUACAGUGCAACGUCCAGGAGAUCUGACUGCAUAAAUGGGGCCUAUGGCAGCUCUCUACUAAACAAGACCCUGGGUCUUAGUUCAGUUAUUACAUAGUUCACAAAAGGCAAGCAGCAAGGUGGUUGUCCCUCCCUGAGUAAAAGGUCACUGGGAUGUGAAGGGCAUCCGUUUCCAGAGGUUCUCAGCAGCCACCGCUCUAGUGAAGGGCAGGUGCUGACAUCUGGUCCCAAAAGACUUGUCCAAGGUUAUGCCUAGGGUGAGGUGGCACAGAUGAAAUUAUUCUCUCUUGGCUCCCAGUCUUCUCCAAUAUGCCCCUGUUGCUACUAUCACCCUGAUUCUGCCUUGGUUGAUAAGCAUGUUCUAGGAGAUGCCGUCAGGAUGUGAUUGGGGAACAAGACCUCGAGACCCUGCGGACGCUGGAGCUCACUCUGGGACCUUUUCACCAAAUCCUCCCAAAUGAUUUUGUUGAUGAUUUCCCCCCAGCCCACUGCAGACCUCUCAAACAAUUCAAAAAGUGGGAGGGGAGGUAGCACAUCACAGCCCCUCGCUUUAACACCAUCCGGACCCAAGUACCUGAACACACGCAUACCCUUCUCCUUUGUUCAGAGUGGAUGUCGGCUGCCCAACCCUCGGGUGGUGGAAACAGAACCCGCCCAGCUCGGGUUGUUCAGCGGAUGCUGAACCUUGGUGACAGCUGACACUUUUCUAACUUCCUCCCGCAGCAAAACUUAAAACCACAAGUUGACAGUGAGCUGCAAUUGCACAGUGAGCUUGCAGCCAUGGCAGAAGGCAAGACUGGAGGUGCCGGACUCUUUGCCAAGCAGGUCCAGAAGCGAUUCAGCCGUGCCCAGGAGAAGGUUUUGCAGAAACUGGGCAAAACGGUGGAAACGAAAGAUGAGCAGUUUGAACAAAGCGCUUACAACUUCCAGCUGCAGCAGAAUGAAGGCAACAAGCUCUACAAGGACCUGAAGACUUUCUUAAACGCUGUCAAAGUGAUGCACGAAAGCUCCAAGAAAGUGGCGGAAACCCUGCAAGAAAUUUAUAGCGUGGACUGGGAUGGUCAUGAGGACUUGAAGGCUAUCGCUGAGAGUAACAAUCUCCUGUGGGAAGAUUACGAGGAAAAACUUGCCGACCAGGCAGUGAGGCUGAUAGAGAAUUACCUGGCUCAGUUCAGUGAAAUCAAGGAGCGCAUUGCCAAGCGGGGGCGGAAGAUGGUGGACUAUGACAGUGCCAGACAUCACCUGGAGGCACUGCAGAAUGCCAAGAAGAAAGACGAAGCCAAGAUUGCCAAGGCUGAAGAGGAGUUCAAUAAGGCUCAGACUGUGUUUGAGGAUCUUAACAAGGAACUUCGAGAAGAGCUGCCUGUUCUCUAUAGCAGCCGGAUUGCUUGCUACGUGACCAUCUUCCAGAACAUUUCCAAUUUAAGAGACAUCUUCUACAAGGAAAUGAGCAAGCUGAACCAUGACCUCUACGACGUGAUGGGCAAGCUGGAAAAGCAGCACUCCAGCAAGGUCUUCAUCAUCAAGGGAGUGUCAAGUAACAGGCGCUCACUCGUCAUCUCCUCUCCCGUGAGCCCUCCUGUUUCAUUCAUGUCCCUGGGAAACACUGUAGAUGGGAUCCCAAAGACUCCUCUUGGUGGUUUAUCAGGCGAUAAGAGAGAAUCCACGUCCUCUGUGGGCAGCGAAGUCCAGGCUGAGAUGCCUUUAUCUCCUCCUGCCGAGUUAUCACAUAGCAAGAGAGAAUCCACAUCAGCAGCAGAGGUGGAAUCUGUGUCCUCUAGCGGCAGUGAGGUCCAGGCUGAGAUACACCAGGGCACAGCAGAAGACGGAGGUAACGAGGAAGAAUCCACACUGGCAGCAAAUGUGGAGGUCGUGUCCUCUAGCAGCAGCAAGGUCCAGGCUGAGAUACCUCUGUCUUCUCCCACUGUCCCAUCGUGUAAGCAGAGGGAAUCCACAUCAGCAGAAGAGGUGGAGGCUGUGUCCUCCAGCACCAGCAAUGAGGUCCAAGCUGAGUUACCUCUGUCUUCUCCCACUGGACCAUUGCAUAACCAGCAGGAAUCCACAUCAGCAGACGUGGAGGCCGUGUCCUCCAGCAGCAGUGAGGGCCAGGCUGAGAUACCUCUGUCUUCUCCCAGUGUACCAUUGUGUAACCAGAGAGAAUCCACAUCGGCAACAGAGUUGGAGGCCGUGUCCUCCAGCAGCACCGAGGUCCAGGUUGAGAUACCUCUGUCUCCUCCUGCUGUACCACCACGUAAUCAGAGGGAAUCCACAUCGGCAACAAAGUUGGAGGCCGUGUCCUCCAGCAGCAGCGAGGUCCAGGCUGAGAUACCUCUGUCUCCUCCUGCUGUACCACCACGUAAUCAGAGGGAAUCCACAUCAGCACCAGAGCUGGAGCCCACGUCUUCUGGUGCCAGCAAAACCCAAGAUGAAAACCAAACAACAGACAAAGCCACCAGAGCUCCAGAAAGGCUGCUCCAGGAAGUUAAAGACCUUGCAGCAGCCAUGGCUGCAACCAUCUUAUCCGAAGCUGUGGCCGAGGUUGUGGGGAAAGCUGGAAAGCCACCUCCCGCUGAUGUAGCCCCAGCUCUUGAAAGCCCCGACCCCAGCACUUGUGAGUUGGAAGGGAUAGAUGAAUGCUUAGCCCUCCAAGACAGCAAUGAAACCUCAUCUCCUCAAGACCCCUUGGCCUCUGAACUGAGAAAAGAGCCCGAGCAUUGGGAAGACGCCCAACACCAAGUGACCAACGAGGCAUUGGGUCAGCCAGUGAAUCGGACAGCCUUCGGCAAGGGCUCGGUUUGCCUUGAAAAUGCCGUGAAUGCUCCCAGCGAAGAUACUCCACCUCCCAGCACCGGUGACUCCCGUCCGCUGAAAGCAGAGGGACCCGCUGAUGACAGCCAGCCUUGGCAGAUGUCAGACACCAAGCGGGAGGCUUGUCCACCCAGCAGGGAGGUUGAGGCUUGCAGCAGCAGUGAGGGCACAGAUGAAAAACUCAAUGUUUCCUCACAGGUUGUGCUUGCUUUCGCCCCUGAUGGCGAAACAAGCAGUGACGGCAGUGAGCUGCCUUCAGGCUUCCUGUUCAAGGCUCAAGCCAUCCAAGCUCACACAUCAGGCGAUGAGAACCACCUGCAGUUCGGGGAAGGUGAGAUCAUUCUGGUGGUGUCGGACUCGCAGGCCCAGGAGAAAGGAUGGCUGAUGGGCGUCAAGGAGAGUGACUGGAACAAGAACCCUGGACAAGUACAGAGAGGAACUUUUCCCCAGGACGUCAUCAAACCAGUUUCCUCCGACUGAGUCCAGUGCAGCAGCAUUGGUUAGGGUAGAGCAGGAAAUGGGACCUUCUUAUGCAUCUCGUAACAUUAUGCCACUGUACCAAAGAUAGCAUUGCCACACACAGCAACUUCAGACCAUCCAACUGAUACCAGGGGGUGAGAAUCUGUCUCUCGAUAGGAGAUGAAGGGCAGGUUGGAAUUCACGGGGCUGGUGUGAAGACGAACAAACUCAGGUACAAUUCUGGGGGACCCAUCCCCAACACCCAUAAAAAUCAAUCCCUAGCGCCUUCGAUAGGAAGGAAUUUGCCGUCACAAGAGAUUUGGGAAAAUAAACAGAAGCAGUGGUUGAAAAGAGAUCAGAUUCACCCAAGGAACCUUGUCUGCCUAUGUCCUUAGACCAACACGACUACAACCUACACCCUGGCACAACCAGGAGCAUUUUGUUCCUUGUUGUUCAGAAACACCCCUGAGUUUCGGCUCAAGUGCAAGACACGCAUGGUUAACAUUAAGUGACACCAGCUGAAGUAUAUGGGGUUACUCACAGGCUUAGUUUUAAGCACAUUGGCUUCAGUGCUUUGCUGGUUUCAGGACCUUUAGUGUAUCAGCGUACUGCUUCAGUGACGUCUCCUCCUUGCAAGCCAGGUCAGCCCAUGGAAAGGCUGUGGCUCUUGGUGAUGACUCGUGGAGUUGAGACUUGCUCAGACCUCUGUGGUUGAGAAUCUGGGUCUGAUUUUCUGGCCGUGCUGCACGUUGGGCCAAAUACACAAGAGAUCUGCUCUCAUUUCUCAGCUCCACCAUGACCUUCUCUCUGCUGCAUGCCAGUUUAGCUGUGACUGAACCCAAAGCGUGUGAUAAUGGCUGGUUCCUAGUGAGUGGCCUUGAUGUCUUGUAGCUCUGGGAAGGAGCACCAAGAAGAGAUGAUACUAAACCCACAGUGGCUUCCUGCUGGGUGCAUUUUCACCCUGAUUUUUCACUCCCUGAUAUAUUAAUAAAGAUGCCAGGCUAAAUCCC